AUGCAUCCUCUCAGUUUCAACAACCCUCCGCCUCCUCCUCACCCUGUACCGCCACCGCAAGAAAACCUAAUCGAUCCAAAUUUCACGUACGCACGACUGGUCGAUCAAUUGAAUUUUUCCAACAUGACCCUCGCGAACAUUUCCCAUCAAUUGAACGAUAUGCGGCUUGAAAUGAACGUCCUUAGAACGGAGAAUGAUAAACUAAACAGUGUAAUCAACGACAUGCGCGCACAUACACCGCAAGGGUCCAGUACACCUCAUCGUGGUGGUGAAGUGAAUGAUGCAGAUGCUGCAGAGAAGGCAAGAUUGACGGUAUCUGAAGUUGAAUCUGCAUUCAAUGAGUUUUGUGGAACGGACUAUUACCCGAUACGCAAAUGGAUUGCGGAUUUCGAAGAGAUGGCGGAUUCCUUAGGACUGUCUGAAUUACGGAAGUAUGUGGUUGCGAAGCGGAAGCUAAUCGGAAUAGCUAGAUCGUCGCUCAAUACUGUCCGUCAUGUCACGAGUUGGGCAGCACUGAAAGGGUUUUUGAUUGGUGAAUUCGACCGGCAUGAAAAUAGUGCCACUGUACACGAGAAAGUACGGAAUCGGAGGAAAAGUGCAGUAGAAAGUGUUUUUGAAUAUUAUCUGGUCAUGACGGAGCUUGGCGCAAAAGCAAACUUGGAUGCUGAAGCUAUCAUCACCCAUGUCGUGAAUGGGAUCAACGACAGCGGAGCCGACAAAACAGUGUUGUAUGGUGCAAAGACGAUCGACGAGUUCAAGGAGCAGCUUAGAGUGUACCAAAAUAUCAAGGACAGCAAACAGUCCAGCGGCUCUGGGCAGAUGUCAGAGCGAUAUCAGCAAACUGUGUCACCACGGAAGCAGAGUAGUGUUCAAUAUCGUUCAAAUGGAAAUACGCUCGGAAGCAGAAUGCCUGUCUGUUUCGGAUGCCAGGAGCCAGGGCACAUAAUGAGAAAUUGCCCGAGGAAGCUCAAAAAGUCGGUGAAGCUCUGCAGCUCAACUGCGGUUGUGGAGAAGGGAACUUUCCUAACGGUUAUUAUUGAUUCGGUCCCGAAAGAAGUGCUUUUCGACUGUGGGGCAGGCGUAUCAUUGAUCAGAAACGAUCUGCAGGAGAAGCUAGGAUUAGCGGUAAACGAAAACGAAAAACAGGACUUGCACACGCUGAGUGGCCGUAUCAGAACUUUAGGAGUCACGUCGCUGGAAACACAAAUAGAGGAUCGUGUAAUGAUGCUGAGUUUCAGUGUAUUGCCGGUGAAGGAUUUGAAAAUGGAGAUGCUGUUGGGGCGGAACUUGCUUGUCAACGGAGAUGUAACAGUUUCUACUAGUGGCUCAAGGUUCAUCCCAAAAGUUGUGAAUUUUGUGUACAGCAUCGGAGUCAUGGAUGAGCCACUGGAAGACCCAGUGAACCACAUUUGUAACGCCAAUAUUCGAGAUGCAGUUAGGACACUCAUAGCCGGGUACAAACCACGGAAACCAAAUAAAACGGAAGUGAAAUUGAAAAUAUUCCUGAAGGAUGAGAUAUCAAUUCAGCAGCUACCUCGACGAUUAGCGCCGUUGGAAAAGGAGAUCGUACAGAAGGAGAUUUCCAAGUGGUUGGAGGAAGGGGUAAUCCAACCUAGCUCCUCUGAAUUUAGCAGUCCGAUUGUUCUGUCACAUAAAAAGGACGGCACCAGAAGAUUAUGCGUUGAUUAUCGGCGUCUUAACAAGGUCAUCAUUCGCGACCAUUUUCCACUUCCGUUAAUUGAGGACGUUAUAGAUGAACUGCAAGGAGCAAGGAUUUUCACAACCCUGGAUUUAGAAAAUGGAUUUUUCCACGUUCCAGUAGAUGAAGAUAGCCGGAAGUAUACAGCUUUCGUCACACCCUCUGGUCAAUACGAGUUUUUGGCAACGUCGUUUGGAUUGAGUACAUCACCGACCGUGUUCCAACGGUAUAUAAACAACAUCUUUCGAGGGUUGAUCGAGAAGCAGGUCGUGAUAGUUUACAUCGACGAUUUACUGAUUCCAACGAAGAACGAGAAGGAAGCGUUGGAGAAACUAAAAAUGGUGCUUGAAGUAGCGGAACGUCACGGCCUAAGAAUCAAAUGGCAGAAUUGUCAGUUCCUGAAACGGAAGAUCGAAUAUCUGGGAUACGAAAUUGAAGAAGCGGAGAUAAGGCCAACGAAGGACAAAAUAGCAGCUGUGAAGAACUUCCCCGAUCCUAAAAAUUUCAAGGAGAUACAACGGUUUCUAGGUUUGACUGGAUUUUUCCGGAAGUUUGUGGAGAAUUAUUCAGUUAAGGCAAAGCCACUCACGGAUUUGCUGAAAAAGGAUGCAGAUUUCGUAUUCGGGCAAGAGCAGAAGGCGGCAGUUGAGCAGUUGAAGCAGGCGCUGUGUUCCCGAUCAACCUUAACACUAUAUCAUCCACAAGCAACUACAGAACUUCACACGGAUGCCAAUAAGGCGGGAUACGGAGAAAUUUUGUUACAGAAGAGACCGGACGAUGAAAAAUUCCAUCCGAUCUACUAUUUUAGCAGGAAGACUUCUUCAGCGGAGGAAAACUACCCAAGUUACGAGCUGGAGGUUCUUGCAGUCGUCGCGGCGUUGAAAAAGUUUAGGGUUUAUCUGCUGGGAAUCCCAUUCAAAAUUAUCACCGAUUGUUCUGCCUUUAAGAUGACGAUGGAGAAAAAAGACAUUGCACCGAGAAUCGCUGGCUGGGCGCUUCUUCUGGAGGAAUAUGAUUACGUCAUCGAACAUCGUCCAGGAGCUCGAAUGAAGCAUGUUGACGCACUGAGUCGUGCACCAGCGGUUCACUUGCUGCGGAAUAACGUGGUUGACCAAGUGAAGAUGAAUCAGCAAGCGGAUGAAAAGCUAGGAGCAAUCAUGAAGGUGUUGGAGACCGGUGACUAUGGCGACUACUCCCUGGAUCACGGGGUUCUAUACAGGCAGCAUGGUGGCGGAAAACUCCUGGUAAUACCGGCAGCGAUGCAGAACUUGCCGUUAUCAACGUAUCAUGUUGACCAUCUUGGUCCAUUAGUAGCCUCCAAAAAGCAGUAUCGCUAUAUUUUCACGGUUGUGGAUGCAUUCACAAAAUUUGUAUGGAUUUACCCAGUAAAAUCUACAACUGCGGAGGAAAUCCUGCAGAAGUUGGAGAUCCAGAAAGCUACUUUUAGGAAUCCAGCGAGAAUAAUUUCCGAUCGAGGAGCAGCAUUUACGUCAAAAGCGUUCCAGAAAUAUUGCGAAGCAGAAGGAAUUGAGCACCUGCUAACAACGACUGGUGUUCCUAGAGGGAAUGGACAGGUGGAGAAGAUCAACGGAAUCAUCGUUCCUGCACUGACGAAGUUGUCGAUUGAUGACGUCGACAAGCAAAAAUUAGCUGUUGUUCCAGCGUCAUCCGGGCCGGACGACGGUCAGUCUGGCCGAAUGUCAGAUUUAAAUUGA